GUCGCACGAGGGAAACCGGGGCUGAGCCGGGCUGCCAAUUUGCUGCAGAGAAGGAGCGGCACGUCGGGUCAGAGCCGGGCAGGAGCUGCUGGCUCCGGGUCGCUCUCACUUUCUUUCCCUAGCGCUCCAUCCAGCUCGGCGUGGGAGCAGCUCGCUCAAUUGCAGACGCCGCCACCGCCUCCGCCGCCUCCUCCUCCUCCUCCUCGUCCCUCCACUUCUGCUCCUUUGCCGCGGGGGUGCCUCAUCGUGCUUCUGCCGCCUCGGCACCUGCCAGCCCGGGCCACGGAGGCAGCGGAGCCCGGGAGGCAAGACGCGAGACAGAGGCGCCAGCCAUGGCUGAAGUGGCCGAAGGCGAGGACGAGAUACAGUUCCUGCGAACUGAUGAUGAAGUGGUCCUGCAGUGCACUGCUACUGUUCACAAAGAACAACAGAAAUUGUGCCUUGCCGCAGAAGGAUUUGGCAACAGACUCUGCUUCUUGGAAUCCACUUCAAAUUCCAAGUGCACUUUUGUGCUGGAACAGUCCUUGUCAGUGCGAGCUCUCCAGGAAAUGCUGGCUAACACAGAAGAGAAAGCAGAAGGGCUAGUUGAUGUGGAAAAAUGGAAAUUUAUGAUGAAGACUGCUCAGGGUGGUGGUCAUCGGACACUACUUUAUGGGCAUGCAAUAUUGCUGCGUCAUUCUUACAGUGGUAUGUACCUGUGUUGCCUCUCCACAUCACGAACAUCAAUGGACAAGUUGGCAUUUGAUGUAGGCUUGCAAGAAGAUACCACAGGUGAAGCUUGUUGGUGGACUAUACAUCCAGCUUCCAAACAGCGUUCAGAAGGAGAAAAAGUACGUGUUGGGGAUGAUCUCAUCCUUGUCAGUGUGUCUUCAGAAAGAUACUUGCACUUAUCAUAUGGCAAUGGCAGCUUGCGUGUUGAUGCAGCCUUCCAGCAAACACUCUGGAGUGUUGCCCCAAUCAGUUCAGGAAGUGAAGUAGCUCAAGGUUAUCUGAUAGGAGGUGAUGUGUUGAGAUUAUUACAUGGUCACAUGGAUGAAUGCCUGACUGUUCCUUCAGGAGAACAUGGAGAAGAGCAGAGAAGAACUGUGCAUUAUGAAGGUGGUGCUGUGUCAAUUCAUGCUCGUUCUCUUUGGCGGCUGGAGACUUUGAGGGUUGGAUGGAGUGGAAGUCACAUUAGAUGGGGGCAACCCUUCAGAUUGAGACAUAUAACAACAGGAAAAUAUUUAAGUCUGAUGGAUGAUAAGAGCCUUCUUCUGACAGAUAAAGAGAAAGCUGAUGUGAAGUCUACAGCAUUUUGUUUUCGGUCUUCUAAGGAAAAACUGGAUGUUGCGAUAAGAAAAGAGGUGGAUGGGAUGGGAGCACCUGAGAUAAAAUAUGGAGACUCAGUAUGCUUUAUACAGCAUGUUGACACAGGCUUGUGGCUUACAUACCAGGCAGUUGAUGCAAAGUCUGUAAGAAUGGGAUGUGUGCAACGCAAGGCCAUAAUGCACCAUGAAGGCCAUAUGGAUGAUGGUUUAACAUUGUCUAGGUCACAGCAUGAAGAAUCACGUACUGCACGAGUGAUUCGUAGUACUGUCUUCCUUUUUCACAGGUUCAUAAGGGGUCUUGAUGCUCUCAGUAAGAAAGCAAAGUCUUCCACAGUUGAUUUACCUAUUGAAUCAGUCAGCCUUAGCCUCCAGGAUUUGAUUGGUUACUUCCAUCCACCUGAUGAACAUUUAGAGCAUGAAGACAAGCAGAACCGUUUAAGAGCACUGAAGAAUCGACAGAAUCUCUUCCAAGAAGAGGGUAUGAUCAACUUAGUGCUUGAAUGUAUUGAUCGUCUGCAUGUGUACAGCAGUGCAGCACAUUUUGCUGAUGUAGCUGGGAAGGAGGCAGGAGAGACCUGGAAAUCUAUUCUAAACUCACUGUAUGAAUUAUUAGCGGCUUUGAUUAGAGGGAAUCGUAAAAAUUGUGCCCAGUUUUCUGGAUCUCUUGACUGGCUUAUCAGUAGACUGGAGAGGUUGGAGGCAUCUUCUGGAAUUCUUGAAGUUUUACAUUGUGUGUUGGUGGAAAGCCCAGAAGCAUUAAAUAUUAUUAAAGAAGGUCAUAUUAAAUCCAUUAUCUGUCUUUUGGACAAACAUGGAAGAAACCAUAAGGUUUUAGAUGUAUUGUGUUCUCUGUGUGUAUGCCAUGGAGUUGCUGUGCGGUCUAAUCAACAUUUGAUCUGUGACAAUCUUCUGCCAGGAAGAGAUCUCCUUCUUCAGACACGUCUUGUCAAUCAUGUGAGCAGCAUGAGGCCCAAUAUUUUCCUUGGAAUCAGUGAGGGCUCUGCUCAGUACAAGAAAUGGUAUUAUGAGUUAAUGGUUGACUUUGUGGAGCCAUUUACAACAGCAGAAGCUACUCAUCUUCGUGUUGGUUGGGCUUCAACAGAAGGCUAUUCACCUUACCCUGUGGGAGGAGAAGAAUGGGGAGGCAAUGGUGUUGGUGAUGACUUGUACUCCUAUGGCUUUGAUGGUCUUCAUCUAUGGUCCGGUUGCGUAGCACGAUCUGUAAAUUCUCCCAACCAGCACCUGCUAAAGACGGAUGAUGUAAUCAGCUGCUGCCUGGACUUAAGUACUCCAAGCAUUUCAUUCAGGAUAAAUGGGCAGCCAGUCCAGGGGAUGUUUGAGAAUUUCAACACUGACGGCCUUUUCUUUCCAGUUGUCAGCUUCUCUGCAGGAAUAAAAGUGCGCUUUUUACUUGGAGGCCGCCAUGGGGAAUUUAAGUUUCUCCCACCUCCAGGAUAUGCUCCUUGUUUUGAAGCUGUUCUUCCCAAAGAGAAGUUGAAAGUAGAAAACAGCAGGGAAUACAAGCAAGACCGCAACUGCACACGAGACUUACUGGGGCCAAAUAUCUCUUUGUCACAAGCAGCUUUCACUCCCGUACCUGUAGAUACCAGUCAGAUUGUAUUACCACCACACCUGGAAAGAAUUAGAGAAAAGCUGGCUGAGAAUAUCCAUGAACUUUGGGUUAUGAAUAAAAUUGAACUUGGUUGGCAAUAUGGUCCUGUUAGAGAUGACAACAAGCGACAGCAUCCUUGUUUGGUUGAGUUUGCAAAGCUGCCAGAACAAGAACGAAAUUAUAAUCUUCAGAUGUCACUAGAAACACUGAAAACUCUGCUGGCAUUAGGUUGUCAUGUUGGAAUUGCUGAUGAGCACGCUGAAGAAAAGGUUAAGAGACUCAAACUUCCAAAGAAUUAUUUGUUGUCUAGUGGAUACAAGCCUGCUCCUAUGGAUCUGAGUUGUAUCAAGCUAACCCCAUCUCAGGAAUCCAUGGUUGACAAGCUUGCAGAGAAUGCUCACAACGUAUGGGCAAGAGAUCGUAUCAGGCAAGGCUGGACAUAUGGAAUCCAGCAGGAUGUAAAGAAUCGGCGAAAUCCUCGUCUAGUCCCCUAUGCACUUCUAGAUGAUCGUACGAAAAAAUCAAACAAAGAUAGUCUCCGAGAAGCAGUUUGUACCCUUAUUGGCUAUGGUUAUAAUCUUGAAGCACCAGAUCAAGAUCACGCUGCAAGACCAGAUGUGUUUUGUGAUAUGAUGGAAAGGUUUAGGAUCUUCCGCACUGAAAAGACAUAUGCAGUGAAGACAGGAAAGUGGUACUUUGAGUUUGAAGCAGUGACUGCAGGAGACAUGAGAGUUGGCUGGACCAGGCCAGGUUGCCAACCAGAUCAAGAGCUUGGAUCAGAUGAACAAGCAUUUGUGUAUGAUGGAUUCAAGAUAUCUCUUGCUUCAGAAGGAUUUAUACCUGCGUGUAGCCUGGGAUUAUCACAAGUGGGCAGAAUGAACUUUGGCAGAGAUGUUAGCACCCUGAAAUAUUUCACUAUUUGUGGCUUACAAGAAGGCUAUGAACCGUUUGCAGUGAAUACAGAUCGGGAUAUUACCAUAUGGUUGAGCAAACGACUACCUCAAUUUCUUCCAGUACCAUCAAAUCAUGAACAUAUUGAGGUUACAAGAAUAGAUGGAACAACAGACAGUUCCCCAUGCUUGAGGGUCACACAGAAGUCCUUUGGAUCACAAAAUAGCAAAACAGACACCAUGUUUUAUCGUCUCAGCAUGCCAAUAGAGUGUGCAGAAGUCUUCUCAAAAAUGCCUGGAGGAGGAGUGCCAAGUUCCAGCCUUUUUAGCACAAAGAGUGAAAUGGAUGAUUUUGAUGCAGAUUCUGACUUUGAAGUCCUUAUGAAGACUGCCCAUGGUCAUCUUGUACCAGAUCGUGUAGAAAAAGAAGCAGUAAAGGCAGAGUUCAAUAACCAUAAAGAUUAUACACAAGAGAAACCUUCACGCCUCAAGCAAAGAUUUAUGCUGAGAAGGACAAAGCCAGACUACAGCACAAGUCACUCUGCAAGGCUCACAGAAGAUGUCUUGGCAGAUGAACGAGAUGAUUAUGAUUUCUUAAUGCAAACAUCCACAUAUUAUUAUUCUGUGCGCAUCUUUCCUGGCCAAGAGCCUGCUAAUGUCUGGGUGGGCUGGAUUACAUCCGACUUCCAUCAGUAUGACACAAACUUUGAUUUGGACAAAGUCCGUACUGUUACAGUCACCCUAGGAGACGAAAAAGGGAAAGUUCAUGAGAGUAUCAAACGGAGCAACUGCUAUAUGGUAUGUGCAGGAGAGAGCAUGAGUCCAGGGCAAGGACGAAAUAACAAUGGAUUAGAAAUUGGUUGUUUGAUUGAUGCUGCAACUGGUCUCCUGUCCUUCACAGCUAAUGGCAAAGAAUUAAGUACCUAUUAUCAGGUUGAACCAAGCACUAAAUUAUUCCCUGCAGUAUUUGCACAGGCUACAAGCCCUAAUGUUUUCCAGUUUGAGUUGGGAAGAAUAAAGAAUGUGAUGCCAUUGUCAGCUGGCUUAUUCAAAAGUGAGCACAAAAACCCCAUUCCCCAGUGUCCUCCCCGUCUCCAUGUUCAGUUUUUGACACAUGUGCUUUGGAGCAGAGUGCCAAAUCACUUCCUAAAAGUUGAUAUAUCACGGAUCAGUGAGCGUCAAGGCUGGUCAAUCCAGUGCCUGGAGCCUUUGCAGUUUAUGUCCCUUCACAUCCCAGAGGAAAACAGGUCCAUAGAUAUUUUAGAGCUGUCAGAACAAGAAGAACUCUUGAAAUUUCAUUACCAUACUCUCAGAUUGUAUUCAGCUGUCUGUGCCCUUGGGAACAAUCGGGUUGCACAUGCAAUGUGUAGCCAUGUUGAUGAAUCUCAGCUUCUGUAUGCAAUUGAGAACAAAUACAUGCCAGGAUUGUUACGAGCAGGCUAUUAUGACCUCCUCAUUGACAUUCACCUUAAUACCUAUGCUACUGCAAGAUUAAUGAUGAACAAUGAGUUUAUUGUUCCAAUGACAGAAGAAACUAAAAGCAUUACUUUGUUUCCUGAUGAAAACAAAAAACAUGGUCUACCUGGCAUUGGACUAAGCACUUCCCUGCGGCCCAGAAUGCAGUUUUCUUCUCCCAGUUUUGUAAGAAUCAACAAUGAAUGCUACCAAUAUAGUCCAGAAUUUCCUCUGGAAAUUUUGAAGGCUAAAACUAUAGCGAUGCUAACAGAGGCAGUCCAGGAGGGGAGUCUUCAUGUCAGAGACCCAGUAGGUGGUACAACAGAGUUUUUAUUUGUUCCUUUGAUCAAGCUUUUUUAUACUUUGCUUAUAAUGGGAAUCUUCCAUAAUGGAGACCUGAAGCAUAUCUUGCAGCUGAUUGAACCUAGUGUUUUUAAGGAGGAUGCAGGCCAUGAAAAUGAGACUCGUGUUCCAGUGAAAGAAUUAGUUACAGAGAGAAUACAUUUGGAGGAAGAAAGUGAUGAAAUCCAGAAGGUUCCAGAAGAAGGACUUCUUCAAAUGAAACUUCCUGAGCCUGUGAAAUUACAGAUGUGCCAUCUACUCCAGUACCUUUGUGACUGUCAGAUACGUCACAGGAUAGAAGCCAUUGUAGCAUUUUCAGAUGACUUUGUAGCAAAACUUCAAGACAACCAGCGUUUCCGUUACAAUGAAGUCAUGCAAGCAUUAAAUAUGUCUGCAGCACUGACAGCCAAGAAAACAAAAGAGUUUCGGUCUCCACCACAGGAACAGAUAAAUAUGCUGCUGAAUUUUAAGGAUGAUAAAAAUGAUUGCCCGUGUCCUGAAGAAAUCAGGGAUCACCUGUUGGAUUUUCAUGAAGAUUUGAUGGCACAUUGUGGCAUUCAGCUGGAUGAAGAUGGAAUUCUGGAUGGAACCAGUGAUUUAUCAAUCACAGGUCGUCUACUUUAUCUUGUGGAAAGAGUCACACACUUGAAAAAGAGACAAGCAGAGAAAACAGCUGAUGAUAACGCUCUUAAACCAACAACUCUCCAGCAGCUGAUAUCAGAGACUAUGGUACGAUGGGCUCAGGAGUCAGUCAUAGAAGAUCCAGAGUUGGUGAGGGCCAUGUUUGUUUUGCUGCAUCGCCAGUAUGAUGGAGUUGGUGGCUUGGUUCGUGCCUUGCCAAAGACAUAUACUAUAAAUGGUAUAUCUGUGGAAGAUACAAUCAACUUACUUGCAUCGCUUGGCCAGAUCCGUUCUCUUCUCAGUGUCAGAAUGGGGAAGGAAGAAGAGAAACUUAUGAUUCGUGGAUUAGGGGAUAUUAUGAACAAUAAAGUGUUUUACCAACAUCCUAAUCUUAUGAGGGCAUUGGGGAUGCAUGAAACUGUAAUGGAAGUGAUGGUGAAUGUUCUUGGAGGAGGAGAAUCAAAGGAAAUCACCUUUCCUAAAAUGGUGGCAAAUUGCUGUCGUUUUCUGUGUUAUUUUUGCCGCAUCAGCAGACAGAAUCAAAAGGCUAUGUUUGAUCAUCUUAGUUAUCUUUUGGAAAACAGCAGUGUUGGGCUUGCAUCCCCUUCUAUGCGUGGAUCAACACCUUUAGAUGUUGCAGCAGCAUCUGUAAUGGAUAAUAAUGAACUUGCACUAGCUUUGAGAGAGCCUGAUUUGGAGAAGGUAGUCCGCUACCUGGCUGGAUGUGGUUUGCAGAACUGCCCUUUGCUGAUCUCUAAAGGCUAUCCUGACAUUGGAUGGAAUCCAGUUGAAGGAGAACGAUAUUUAGAUUUUCUUCGGUUUGCUGUUUUCUGCAAUGGAGAGAGUGUUGAAGAGAAUGCUAAUGUGGUGGUUCGACUGCUCAUUCGACGUCCUGAGUGUUUUGGGCCAGCAUUGAGAGGAGAAGGUGGAGAAGGCUUACUUGCUGCCAUGGAGGAAGCCAUAAAUAUUUCAGAAGAUCCUACACGAGAUGGACCUUCACCAACUAAUGGAUCCAAUCGGACACUAAGUGAAGUCGAAGAAGAGGAGGAUACUAUUCAUGUGGGAAAUGCCAUUAUGACCUUUUAUGCUGCUUUGAUUGAUCUUCUAGGACGCUGUGCUCCAGAAAUGCAUCUAAUCCAUGCUGGCAAAGGAGAAGCUAUUAGAAUCAGAUCUAUUCUGCGGUCUUUGAUUCCUCUGGAGGAUUUGGUGGGCGUGAUUAGCAUUCCUUUCCACAUGCCAACAAUAGCAAAAGAUGGUACUGUGGUGGAACCUAAUAUGUCAGAGGGGUUUUGCCCAGACCACAAGGCAGCCAUGGUAUUGUUCCUUGACAGGGUCUAUGGAAUUGAAGACCAAGACUUUCUUCUACAUCUACUAGAAGUUGGCUUUCUGCCAGAUCUUCGUGCUGCUGCUUCAUUAGAUACGGUUGCUCUGAGUGCUACAGAUAUGGCCCUGGCUCUCAAUCGGUACCUCUGUACUGCUGUUUUGCCUUUAUUAACUAGAUGUGCUCCUCUUUUCGCUGGCACAGAACAUCAUGCCUCCCUUAUAGAUUCCUUGCUACAUACUGUAUACCGGCUCUCCAAGGGCUGCUCUCUUACAAAAGCUCAGCGGGACUCUAUUGAAGAGUGCUUACUCUCCAUUUGUGGUCAGCUGAGGCCUUCAAUGAUGCAACAUUUGUUACGAAGAUUAGUUUUUGACAUUCCUUUACUAAAUGAACAUGCAAAGAUGCCUCUUAAGUUGUUAACAAAUCAUUAUGAAAGAUGUUGGAAAUACUACUGUCUACCAGGAGGAUGGGGCAAUUUUGGUGCUGCUUCUGAAGAGGAACUUCAUUUAUCCAGAAAGCUGUUCUGGGGUAUUUUUGAUGCUUUAUCUCAAAAGAAAUACGAACAGGAAUUAUUCAAACUAGCUUUGCCCUGCCUGAGUGCAGUGGCAGGUGCUUUGCCUCCUGACUACAUGGAAUCAAACUAUGUUGGUGUGAUGGAGAAACAGGCUUCCAUGGAUUCAGAUGGGAACUUUAAUCCACAGCCUGUUGAUACAUCAAACAUUACAAUUCCUGAAAAGUUAGAGUACUUUAUUAACAAAUAUGCUGAACAUACCCAUGAUAAAUGGUGCAUGGAAAAGUUUGCAAAUGGGUGGAUAUAUGGUGAAACAUACUCAGAAUCUUCCAAAGUGCAGCCAUUAAUGAAACAAUAUAAACUAUUAUCAGAAAAGGAAAAGGAAAUCUACAGAUGGCCAAUCAAAGAGUCUCUAAAAACCAUGCUUGCUUGGGGAUGGCGAGUUGAAAGAACAAGGGAAGGAGAUACCAUGGCUCUUUAUAAUAGGCCACGUCGGAUAUCACAGACAAGUCAGGUUUCUGUAGACACUGCCCAUGGCUAUAAUCCCCGCGCAAUUGACAUGAGUAAUGUUACUCUCUCCAGAGAACUGCAUGCUAUGGCUGAGAUGAUGGCUGAAAACUAUCACAACAUAUGGGCAAAGAAAAAGAAAAUGGAACUUGAAGCAAAAGUGGGAGGCGGAAACCAUCCUUUACUUGUCCCCUAUGAUACACUGACAGCUAAAGAGAAGGCCAAGGACAGAGAAAAAGCCCAAGAUAUUCUGAAGUUCCUACAGAUAAAUGGAUAUGUGGUUUCCAGAGGUCUAAAGGAUCUAGAGUUAGACACACCUUCCAUUGAAAAACGAUUUGCUUACAGUUUUCUUCAACAGUUGAUAAGAUAUGUAGAUGAAGCCCAUCAGUAUAUUUUGGAGUUUGAUGGUGGCAGUAGAGGCAAAGGAGAACAGUUUCCCUAUGAACAAGAAAUCAAGUUCUUUGCUAAAGUUGUACUUCCUUUGAUUGAUCAGUAUUUCAAAAACCAUCGCUUGUAUUUCCUCUCGUCAGCAAGCAGACCUCUCAGCAGUGGUGGGCAUGCUUCUAACAAGGAGAAAGAAAUGGUGACAAGCCUAUUCUGCAAACUUGGAGUACUUGUCAGGCAUAGGAUUUCACUGUUUGGAAAUGAUGCAACUUCAAUAGUCAAUUGUCUUCAUAUCUUGGGUCAGACUUUGGAUGCAAGGACUGUGAUGAAAACAGGUCUGGAGUCUGUUAAGAUGGCUUUGAGGACCUUUUUGGAUAAUGCCGCAGAAGAUUUAGAGAAGACAAUGGAAAACCUAAAGCAAGGGCAAUUCACGCACAGCAGAAGUCAGCCAAAAGGAGUGACACAGAUAAUUAACUACACCACUGUGGCUCUUUUGCCAGUCUUGUCUUCAUUGUUUGAACAUAUUGGACAGCAUCAAUUUGGAGAAGAUCUGAUAUUGGAAGAUGUUCAGAUUUCUUGUUACAGAAUACUGAGUAGCUUGUAUGCUCUGGGAACCAGCAAGAGUAUCUAUGUGGAGAGGCAGCGGUCAGCAUUAGGUGAAUGCCUUGCUGCUUUUGCUGGAGCCUUUCCUGUGGCAUUUUUAGAAACUCACCUGAACCAUCACAACAUGUAUUCUAUUUACAAUACUAAGACUACAAGAGACAGAUCAGGUCUCAUCUUACCAAACAGUGUAGAAGAACUUUGUCCAAACAUUCCUUCUCUAGAGAAGCUAAUGGAAGAAAUUGUAGAAUUAGCUGAGUCUGGCAUUCGUUACACACAAAUGCCUCAUGUAAUGGAAGUUGUGUUGCCCAUGCUUUGUAGCUACAUGUCCCAUUGGUGGGAGCAUGGGCCAGAAAACAGUCCUGACAAAAGCGAAAUGUGCUGCACUGCUUUGACUUCAGAGCAUAUGAAUACCCUUCUGGGAAACAUCCUGAAAAUUAUAUACAACAAUUUGGGCAUAGAUGAGGGAGCCUGGAUGAAAAGAUUAGCAGUUUUUUCUCAGCCUAUCAUAAGCAAAGCAAAGCCCCAGCUUCUGAAGACACAUUUUCUACCACUGAUGGAAAAGCUGAAGAAAAAAACUGCAGUGGUUAUAUCUGAUGAAGAGCACUUAAGAGCAGAAGGCAGGGGAGAUAUGUCUGAGGCUGAACUCCUUAUCCUGGAUGAGUUCACUACAUUAGCACGGGACCUUUAUGCUUUCUAUCCAUUAUUGAUUAGAUUUGUGGACUACAACAGAGCAAAGUGGCUAAAAGAACCAAACCCAGAGGCUGAGGACCUGUUCCGUAUGGUUGCUGAAGUAUUCAUUUACUGGUCAAAAUCCCAUGGUCCAGUGGGAGGCGCUAAGAUUCAAACCUGUUCCAGUGUGCUCAGGUCUGCUCUUUCUCUCUGCACCAUGCUUGAGUAUCAGGGAUCCCAUGCCUUACAGGUCUCUGCACCAUGCUUGAGUAUCAGGGAUUCCAUGCCUUACAGUUGUCCACUGGGGUUAUUUUUCUUGUUUCACAAUUUAAAAUGGAUUGUUUACGUACUGCAGGCAGCUGUUUCUGAUCAAGAAAGAAAAAAAAUGAAACGGAAAGGUGAUCGAUAUUCAACUCAGACCUCCCUUAUUGUGGCAGCUUUGAAAAGACUGCUACCAGUUGGACUAAAUAUUUGUGCACCUGGUGACCAAGAACUUAUUGCACUGGCAAAAAACAGAUUAAGUAUGAAAGACACCGAAGAUGAGGUUCGAGACAUUAUUCAUAAUAAUCUUCAUUUACAGGGCAAGCUUGAAGAUCCUGCCAUUAGGUGGCAGGUGGCCCUUUAUAAAGAUCUACCAAACCGAACUGAAGUUACAUCAGAUCCAGAGAAGACUGUGGAACGUGUUUUAGAUAUAGCUAAUGUACUGUUUCAUCUAGAACAGGUUGAGCAUCCUCAGAGGUCAAAAAAAGCUGUAUGGCAUAAACUUCUAUCCAAACAGAGAAAAAGAGCAGUGGUAGCUUGUUUCAGAAUGGCACCACUUUAUAAUCUUCCACGGCACCGUGCUAUCAAUCUUUUCCUUCAAGGGUAUGACAAAUCUUGGGUAGAAACAGAAGACCACUAUUUUGAGGAUACAUUGAUUGAAGAUUUAGCAAAACCUGGAGAAGAACCAACAGAAGAAGAUGAAUGCAUUAAAAGAGUUGAUCCUUUGCAUCAGCUUAUUUUACUAUUCAGUCGAACGGCAUUAACUGAAAAAUGUAAACUGGAUGAAGAUUACCUUUACAUGGCAUAUGCUGAUAUAAUGGCAAAGAGCUGUCAUGAUGAAGAAGAUGAUGAUGGUGAAGAGGAAGUAAAGAGUUUUGAAGAAAAAGAAAUGGAAAAGCAGAAGCUCCUGUACCAGCAAGCAAGACUACAUGAUCGGGGAGCUGCUGAAAUGGUCCUUCAGACGAUUAGUGCAAGUAAAGGUGAGAUGGGACCAAUGGUUGCAGCCACUCUAAAACUUGGUAUUGCCAUUUUGAAUGGAGGAAAUUCUACUGUUCAACAGAAAAUGCUUGACUACCUCAAGGACAAAAAGGAUGUAGGCUUCUUUCAGAGUCUUGCUGGUCUUAUGCAGUCUUGUAGUGUUCUUGAUUUAAAUGCCUUUGAACGUCAGAACAAAGCAGAGGGCCUUGGCAUGGUAACAGAAGAAGGAUCAGGAGAAAAGGUGAUGCAGGACGAUGAAUUUACUUGUGACCUCUUCCGGUUCCUUCAGUUGCUUUGUGAAGGGCACAACUCAGAUUUUCAGAAUUACUUGAGGACUCAGACUGGUAACAAUACAACUGUCAAUAUUAUUAUAUCUACGGUGGAUUAUUUAUUGAGAGUUCAGGAAUCAAUUAGAAAUUUUUAUUGGUAUUAUUCUGGAAAAGAUGUUAUUGAUGAACAAGGACAACGUAAUUUCUCUAAAGCAAUUCAAGUGGCAAAGCAGGUCUUCAAUACUCUUACUGAAUAUAUUCAGGGCCCAUGUACAGGGAACCAGCAGAGCCUUGCACACAGCAGACUAUGGGAUGCUGUAGUUGGUUUUCUUCAUGUAUUUGCCCACAUGCAGAUGAAGCUCUCUCAGGACUCUAGCCAAAUUGAAUUAUUGAAAGAGUUAAUGGAUCUUCAGAAAGAUAUGGUGGUCAUGUUGCUAUCUAUGUUAGAAGGUAACGUUGUGAAUGGAACAAUUGGCAAACAGAUGGUUGAUAUGCUAGUGGAAUCGUCCAACAAUGUAGAAAUGAUUUUAAAGUUUUUCGAUAUGUUCUUAAAAUUGAAGGAUUUAACUUUCUCCGAUGCAUUCAAAGAAUACGAUCCUGAUGGUAAAGGAGUAAUUUCAAAAAGGGAUUUCCAGAAAGCAAUGGAAAGCCACAAGCAUUACACUCAGUCUGAAACAGAGUUUCUGCUCUCCUGUGCUGAAACAGAUGAAAAUGAGACUUUGGACUACGAGGAAUUUGUUAAGCGGUUUCAUGAGCCAGCCAAAGACAUUGGUUUUAAUGUUGCUGUACUCCUGACAAACCUCUCAGAGCAUAUGCCUCAUGAUACUCGCUUGCAGACUUUCCUUGAAUUGGCAGACAGCGUCCUGAACUAUUUUCAGCCCUUCUUGGGCCGCAUUGAAAUAAUGGGCAGCGCAAAGCGCAUUGAGCGAGUUUACUUCGAGAUAAGUGAAUCAAGUCGGACACAGUGGGAAAAACCUCAAGUCAAAGAAUCAAAGAGGCAGUUUAUCUUUGAUGUAGUAAAUGAAGGUGGGGAAAAGGAAAAAAUGGAACUUUUUGUGAAUUUCUGUGAGGAUACCAUCUUUGAAAUGCAAUUGGCAGCUCAGAUCUCUGAAUCGGAUUUAAAUGAGAGGUCUGCAAAUAAAGAAGAAAAUGAGAACGAGAAGCCUGAGGAACAAGAUCCUAGAAUAGGUUUCUUCUCCCUAGUGACUAUCAAAUCUGCUUUAGUAGCUCUCAGGUACAACACCAUGACCCUCCUGAAAAUGCUGAGCAUGAAAAGUAUAAAGAAGCAGAUGAAAAAAAUGGCAAAAAUGACAAUGAAAGACAUGGUAAUGGCUUUAUUUUCCUCCUAUUGGAGCAUCUUAAUGGGCUUAAUGCAUUUUAUAUCAAGUGUCUUCCGAGGCUUCUUUCAAAUUAUGUCCAGCUUUCUCCUUGGAGCGAGCUUGGUUGAAGGAGCUAAGAAGAUAAAGGUGGCUGAGCUUUUAGCCAAUAUGCCUGACCCCACUCAAGAUGAAGUGCGUGGUGAAGGGGAAGAAGUGGAAAGGAAACCAGCUGAGGCCACCCUGCCUGCAGAAGAUCUAACAGACCUCAAAGCUUUGGCAGAAGAUAGUGACCUUCUCUCAGAUAUAUUUGGGUUAGAUUUAAAAAGAGAGGGAGGACAAUAUAAACUGAUCCCACAUAAUCCAAAUGCAGGCCUAAGUGAUUUGCUGAGCAGCCCUUCUCUACUUCCUUUACCUGAAGUGCAAGAAAAAAACCAGGACCAGAAAGUGCAUGAAAAUGAAAAGGAUGACAGAGAAGAAUCUAAAACUGAACCUGAAAAAGCAGAAGGAGAAGAUGGAGAAAAGGAGGAUAAAAUAAAAGAUGACAAAGAAAAACAGAAGCAAAGGCAACAUCACAAACAUAGGCACGGUGAACCAGAAACACAAGAGUCUGCCUUCUGGAAGAAAAUAAUUGCAUACCAACAGAAACUUCUUAAUUAUUUUGCUCGGAACUUCUACAAUAUGAGGAUGCUAGCUUUGUUUGUUGCAUUUGCCAUUAAUUUCAUUCUACUUUUCUAUAAGGAAAAGGAGUUUCCUGUAGUUAACGCUGCUGAAAACCCCAAACUAAGUAGCCUGGAAAGUCCAUCUCAUCGAAUCAUCACAGUGCACUAUGUUCUUGAGGAGAGCAGUGGCUAUAUGGAACCUACUCUACGGAUCUUAGCUAUUCUGCACACAGUCAUUUCCUUUUUCUGUAUCAUUGGAUACUACUGUUUGAAAGUCCCACUCGUUAUAUUUAAAAGAGAAAAAGAAGUUGCAAGAAAAUUGGAGUUUGAUGGGCUGUAUAUUACAGAACAGCCUUCAGAAGAUGAUAUUAAAGGACAGUGGGAUAGACUUGUCAUCAACACACAGUCAUUUCCUAACAAUUACUGGGACAAGUUUGUAAAAAGAAAGGUUAUGGAUAAAUACGGAGAGUUCUAUGGGAAGGACAGAAUCAGUGAAUUGCUGGGAAUGGACAAAGCUGCUCUAGAUUUCAGUGAUGCCCGAGAAAAAAAGAAACCUAAAAAAGAUAGUUCAUUAUCAGCUGUAUUAAAUUCUAUUGAUGUAAAGUAUCAGAUGUGGAAAUUGGGAGUUGUUUUUACAGAUAAUUCUUUUCUUUAUCUGGCCUGGUAUAUGACCAUGUCAGUCCUUGGUCAUUACAACAACUUUUUCUUUGCUGCUCAUCUCCUUGACAUUGCAAUGGGAUUUAAAACAUUGCGAACAAUUCUGUCAUCAGUGACUCACAAUGGGAAACAGCUUGUGCUGACAGUGGGCUUAUUGGCCGUGGUAGUUUACCUAUACACAGUGGUUGCGUUCAAUUUUUUUCGCAAGUUCUACAAUAAAAGUGAAGAUGGAGAUAUGCCAGACAUGAAAUGUGAUGACAUGCUAACAUGUUAUAUGUUUCAUAUGUAUGUGGGAGUGCGUGCUGGUGGUGGAAUUGGUGAUGAAAUUGAAGAUCCUGCAGGCGAUGAAUAUGAAAUCUAUCGCAUUAUCUUUGAUAUUACAUUUUUCUUCUUUGUAAUUGUUAUUCUACUAGCCAUCAUUCAAGGCUUAAUUAUUGAUGCAUUUGGAGAAUUAAGAGAUCAGCAAGAGCAAGUUAAAGAAGACAUGGAGACCAAAUGCUUUAUUUGUGGAAUAGGUAACGAUUACUUUGACACAGUGCCACAUGGUUUUGAAACACACACACUGCAGGAGCACAACUUGGCUAAUUAUCUAUUUUUCCUGAUGUAUCUGAUUAAUAAAGAUGAAACAGAACAUACUGGACAGGAAUCUUACGUAUGGAAAAUGUAUCAGGAGCGAUGCUGGGAAUUCUUCCCGGCUGGUGAUUGCUUUCGAAAGCAGUAUGAAGACCAGCUUAACUAAUGAUUGUCAAGGACCUUCUCUUGAGAGAUCAUCCACAACUCCUCUAAUUCCUUUGGGAACGUCCACCAGAUUUCCCAGAUCUGUUAAGCAGGGUGCUGCUGCGUGUGGAGCACUAAAGCUUUUUUUUUAAAAAAAUGACUCAACUGUCCUUUUUUCUUCCGUGUUUGUUUUGAGAACAAUGAGAACUUAAUUCUGGGAAGAGAAGGGAGAAAAAUGUCAUACAACAAAUCCCCAUACAUAACAUGAACACAUACAUACCCAAAGAGACCUGAGAUAGCUUCUCUCUCUCUCUCUCUCUCUCUCUCUCUCUCUCUCUCUCUCUCUCUUUCUGAGACUGCCUGAUGAUUCCCUUAACUAGGAGAACACACAUGGGGCAAUGUGAUGAUCACAUUCAUUCAAUCUAUUUAUUUCAUCAUCCUGGAAGGAACUCUGUAGUUCACAGAGUGCUGUAAAGGAUUGUUGUGGACACUUAGUUGUGGGGAAAUAGUGCCUUACUAUAUGUAGGUUGAGCUAUGCAGAAGAUGAGUGCAUGAUGACAUCUUAUAUUUUCCUUAUUUGUCCUCUCCUCCCAGUUAAUAUUUAUUUUGACUUCUAGAGGGACUUGAGAGGGAUUUGGUUGUACACAUCUUUUUAAUAAGACAAUGGCGUGUCUCAGGAUACAAAGCAGUUCCCACACCACCCACCCACCUCCAUCAUUAAGCUAAAAUUCACAGGUUUCUUCCUCUUUGUCUCUGACACUUAUUUUGGUAAUGCUCUGAUGCAGCACUGCAACUUUAUGAAAUCUUUGUAUGAAAACAAAAAGACUGCAGAAAAAAAAACUUUAAAAGGAAUUAUUUUGUUGCAUGCUUAUUAUGCAAGUUUAAACAACAAAAAACCAACCUUCUGAAGCAAGUUGAUCAACGUGAGGAAACAUUCACAGUAAUAUUCAUAGUAAUAAAGUGUUGUGGGCUUUACUGUACAUUUGGAACCAGUGUCAUCAACCCUCUAUGUAUCUGUUAUGAACUUGCCGAUACUUUAGUUUUAUUUGAUUUUUCUGUUAACUUUUGAAAUUCAUUUCACCAUUUGUGAUCAUUAGUGAAAUUAAAGAUUUUCUUAGUCAAUUUUCAAAAUCAAAAGUGAAGCAAUAUCCAUUCAGGGAUUUUAUUAGUUGCAUCAUGAAACACCAAUGAUGUGUACAUCACUCUGUUUUGAGUCCUUUUUGAUUGUAAUGCUAGUCUUUACAAAUAAAAGGAGAGUUUUGGA